GCUGCAAAGGGUUAAUUUUUUCCCUCUCGCAUUCUUAAUAAAUCAGACAGUCAGCCUCAGUGUUGAAUGCGUCUCGGUCCUCAGACAGCUCUCAGAUCAGACUCUGACGGCCUUUGAGAUGGGCUCGAAGAGACGGAGAGCCACUUCUCCGUCCAGCAGUGUGAGCGGAGGAGAUUUUGAGGACAGUCAGACCCCGUCCAUACCUUCAACCAGCCGAAAGAGGAGAAGAAUCACAAACAUUCCCACUGUUGACCCUAUUGCUGUGUGUCAUGAGCUGUACAACACUAUCAGAGACUACAAGGAUGAUCAGGGUAGAAUGCUGUGUGAACUUUUCAUACGAGCACCAAAAAGAAGGAAUCAGCCGGAUUAUUAUGAUGUGGUGUCUCAACCUAUUGACAUGAUGAAGAUCCAGCAGAAGCUGAAGAUGGAGGAGUAUGAUGAUGUUGAACAUCUCACAGCCGACUUUCAGCUCCUUUUCAACAAUGCCAAGACGUAUUACAAACCAGAGACUCCGGAGUUCAAGGCGGCGUGUAAACUUUGGGAUCUGUACAUCCGUACCAAAAAUGAGUUUGUGCAGCGAGGGGACUAUGAUGAAGAUGAAGAUGAUGGUGAUGAUGCACAAGAAAACCCUGCAGGGUCCACCGAGGAGGAGUCUGUCUCAAGCCUUAAGGAAGUUCUCACGCAGCUCCUGGAUGCUGUGCUGACAUACACAGAACAUGGACGGGUCAUCAGUGAGCUGUUCCAGAGACUUCCCUCUAAAGUGCAAUAUCCAGAUUAUUAUGCUAUUAUUAAGGAACCAAUAGACCUGAAGACCAUUGCACAGAGAAUACAGAUGGGAUACUACAAAAGUGUAAACCAUAUGGCAAAACACAUUGACCUGUUAGCCAAAAAUGCCAAAUGCUACAAUGAACCCGGAUCCCAAGUAUUUAAAGAUGCAAACACUAUCAAAAAGGUCUUUGCACAGAGAAAGAUGGAACUUGAACAUGCUGAACCGGUUAAAACCAGCAUCAGAAUCAGGAAUAGGAGGUUUGCACAAGGAGAUCGUCUCUCUUCUAUCACUACAGCUCUACAGUAUGGUUCAGAGAGUGAAGAAGACGCCAUACUAACUGGCUCGGUUCAUUACGAUGAGGGCGAGUCUGAAGCGGAGAGCAUCCACUCCAGCAUGGACGUGAGCAAUCCCAUCUUCCAGCUGUAUGAGGCAGUACGGGGCAGCAGGAACAGUCAAGGGCAACUCUUAGCCGAACCCUUUUUUCAGCUUCCCUCCAGGAAAGACUACCCCAACUACUUUCAGCAAAUCACCCAUCCGAUCUCACUCCAACAGAUAAGGAGUAAGAUGAGGAAUAAUGAGUAUGAAAGUGUGGAACAGAUGGAAGCAGAUCUCAACCUGAUGUUUGAGAACGCGAAGCGCUACAACGUCCCCAACUCUCAGCUCUACAAGCGUGUGCUAAAGCUGCAGCAAAUAUUGCAGACGAAGAGAAGAGAACUGAUGAGGAGAUAUGAUGAAGAUGGGGACAGCAUGCUCUCAUCCACUCUUUCUGAUGGGGGAACAACCAAACGCAAAAGCUAUAAGAAGAACACAAAGAAGAACCGAAUGAAGGCUCUAUAUGCUACCGUGGCGGAGGCUCGAGAGAUGGGGACAGGGCGAAGGCUCUGCGAUCUCUUCAUGGUCAAGCCCUCAAAGAAAGACUACCCAGAUUACUACAAGAUCAUACUAGAGCCAGUGGACCUGAGGACCAUAGACCACAACAUCCGCUCUGACCGGUACCCUAGCGAGGACUCCAUGAUGGAGAACAUGAAGCUGAUGUUCCGUAACGCACGGCACUAUAAUGAAGAGGGAUCACAGGUUUACAAUGACGCCAACAUUCUGGAGAAGAUUUUGAGAGAAAAGCGCAGGGAACUCGGACCCCCACCCGAUGAUGAUGACAUCAUUUCACCCAAGAUGAAAAUUAGGAAGAGCGGCAUCUCUCCUAAAAAGUCCAAGUACCUGACGCCUUUGCAGCAGAAACUCAACGAACUCUACGAAUCUGUCAAGAACUACACCGACAAGCGUGGACGUCGCCUCAGCGCCAUCUUCCUCCGUCUCCCAUCCCGUGCCGAGCUUCCCGACUACUACGUGGCCAUCAAGAAACCCAUAGACAUGGAGAAGAUCAAGGGUCACAUGUUGGCCAACAAGUAUCAGGAUGUUGACGCACUCGUGGAAGAUUUAGUUUUGAUGUUCAACAACGCUUGUACUUACAACGAGCCUGAAUCUCUCAUCUAUAAAGACGCAUUGGUGCUUCACAAAGUGCUUUUGGAGACCAGGAGAGACCUGGAUGGCGGUGAAGACGCCCAUGUUCCGGAUGUAGCGAGACUUAUUCAGGAACUGGUACGCAAUCUUUUCGUGUCUGUGCUCGGUCACCAGGACGAUGAGGGGCGUUGCUAUAGCGACUCGUUGGCGGAGAUUCCCGCCGCCGAUCCCAAUAAUCCAGAGAAGCUGCCGUUGAACUUUGAGAUCAUCAGAGCAAACGUGGAUAAAGGACGUUAUAGGCGACUAGAUGUGUUCCAGGAUCACAUGUUUGAAGUCUUGGAGAAAGCCAGACGUCUGCAUAGGACGGAUUCAGAGAUCUUUGAGGAUUCUGUGGAGCUCCAGCAGUUCUUCAUCCGGAUCAGAGAUGAGCUGUGCAAGAACGGAGAGAUUCUCCUGUCGCCCGCCCUCAGCUACACCACUAAACACCUGCACAGUGAUGUGGAGAAGGAGAAGAAAGAGAAGCUGCCCAAAGAGUAUGAAGAGGAUAAACUCAAGAGAGAGGAGGAGAAGAAAGAGGCUGAGAAAAGCGAGGAUUCAGCUGGUGGUGGAUGGCAGGGAGUCCUUCAGCGUAACUUCAGUCAGGACUGCAGCUUUAAAGAUAACAUGUACCAUGUGGGAGAUUAUGUGUAUGUGGAGCCCACAGAACCUAACCUGCAGCCACACAUCGUCUGCAUAGAGCGCCUCUGGCAGGAUGAUGCAGGAGAGAAGUGGCUUUAUGGCUGCUGGUUCUACAGACCCAAUGAAACAUUUCACCUGGCCACACGCAAAUUUCUGGAAAAGGAAGUUUUCAAAAGCGACUACUACAACAAAAUUCCUGUCAGUAAAAUUUUGGGCAAAUGUGUCGUCAUGUUUGUAAAGGAGUAUUUCAAACUUCAGCCAGACAACUUCAGACCCGAAGACAUUUUUGUUUGCGAGUCUCGCUACUCUGCAAAGACCAAGUCUUUCAAAAAGAUCAAGAUGUGGACGAUGCCCCUGAGCUCUGUCAAGUUUGUUCCCCGUGAAGUGCCGUUACCUGUGGUCCGCGUGGCCUCGAUGUUCGCCCCCAAACUGGACAGCGAGAAGCCUCCCGAGGUGCCGGAAGAUGGCAAAGCUGCACUUUCUGUUAUAGAUAAAGAGAGGGAGGAUGUUACCAUGGAGAUCAGUAAUGGAGAACCAGCUUGUCAGUAUUAUGAGCAGCUCUGCUACAAUGACACGUGGUUAAAAGUGGGAGAUUGCGUCUACAUCCGAUCUCAUGUGCUCGUGCGCAACCGUGUGGGCAGAAUUGAAAAGAUGUGGGUGCGAGAUGGAGCUGCCUAUUUUUUCGGGCCCAUCUUUAUUCACCCGGAGGAGACCGAGCAUGAACCCACCAAGAUGUUCUAUAAGAAAGAAGUUUUCCUCAGCAACCUGGAGGAAUCCUGCCCUAUGACUUGUAUAGGAGGGAAGUGCACAGUGUCUUCUUUUAAAGACUUUCUGUCAUGCCGGCCGACUGAAAUGCCGGAGGAGGACGUGCUGCUGUGCGAGAGCCGCUACAUCGAGAGCGAGAAGCAGAUGAAGAAGUUCAAAGGGCUGAAGCGUUUCUCUCUGUCUGCCAAAGUCGUUGAAGAUGAAAUCUUCUACUUCAGAAAGCUCAUAGUUCCUCAGAAGGAGCCUUCUCCACUGUUGGAUAAGAAGAUCGAGGAGUUGGAGGCCAAGUUUGCUGAUAUGACGGAUGAAGAGCUGGAGGACCUGGGUGAUGAUGAUGGAGACGGCUCUGACGGUCACAUGCCUCAGCUUCAGACUUCACUGAGCGGCGACAUGGACAUGCUGCAUUAUGCCCCACCGCAGUCCACGCCGAAGUCAAUAAAGGGGCUGUCGAAGAAGGAAGGGGCAAAGAGGAAGAUCAACAUGAGCGGCUACAUCCUCUUCAGCAGCGAGAUGAGAGCCGUCAUCAAGGCCCAGCACCCUGACUUCUCUUUCGGCGAGCUCAGUCGACUGGUGGGCACAGAGUGGAGAAGCCUGGAGGCCACGAAGAAAGCCGAGUAUGAAGAGCGGGCAGCUAAAGUAGCAGAGCAGCAGGAACGAGAACGGGCACAUCAGCAGAACCCGAGAGCAGGUACCCCAGUAGGGGCGCUCAUGGGGGUGGUGCCUCCCCCGACCGCUAUGGGGAUGCUUAGCCACAGCAUGACGCCUAUGGCAGGUAUGAAUGGAAUGACUCCGGGUUCUGCAGGAAACACUUACGGGAAUCAGAUGGGCGUGAUGAACUCGGGCCAGCAGGCUCCUCCACCAUACCCGGGUCAGGUUGGGCUGCCAGCUUUCCAGCAACCCUCCACCCCCAUAUUUGUAGCUCCUCCUCCCAAACCACAGCGUCUCCUACAUUCAGAGGCAUAUCUGAAGUAUAUCGAAGGUCUGAGUGCCGACUCCACUACUGUGAGCAAAUGGGACCAAACACUAUCUGUUCGCAGGAAAGAUGUGCGUCUCACAAAAGAGCAGGAGAGCCGUCUCCCCUCUCAUUGGCUGAAGAGUAAAGGAGCCCACAAGACUAUGGCCGACGCUCUGUGGCGACUGCGGGACCUGAUGCUUCGCGACACUAUAAACAUUCAACAGACAUACAACAUCUAGAACAUUUGAAACAUUCCCUCUCAUUCUCACUGCUGAAAAUGAGUCGUUCUUACAAGUUUAAUGUUGUGAUGAAAUAGCGUUGCGUUUAGAGUUUUGUAAUGCUAUAGUCCGUUGGCUUUGUUAGUGUUUAUGCCAUUUCAUUAUUCUUGACAGCACUUUGAAUUGUCUGACUUUGUAUGCUGGCUAUUAAAUGUUCUUAGAUGGAUUUAAACGUUUUCAUAAAAUUAUAAACUUUUAAAAUGUUGACCUUGUUUGUGCAUUGUUAUAUGUGACAAGUAGAUUUGUUCUGAAAGAAUGUAGUAAUGGCCGUUUUUGGGUCUCGUCUUGGUUGGUGAGAUUGUAUCUGGAUAAAAACAAGCCUAUUUUCCAUAUUGUUCAAGUUGUACUAGUUAAACGUCGUUUUGGAAUGGACACCGUCUGCCCAAUGUUUCAAUAAACUAAACAAUUAGUAACAUGGUUUUUGUAUG